AUGAACAGGAAAGAUAUUGGGAAGUACUUUUCAACCAAAUUCUUAGAAGUUUUCCAAUCCUCCUCUCCUAGUGUCCCACCAAAUUUAGAUGAACUAAUUGAACCUUCUAUUUCAACUCAAGAGAAUGAAAUGUUGACUGAUGUGCAAUCUACUGAUGAUAUCAGAAGAGUUAUGUUUGAAAUGCAACCCUUUAAAGCUCUCGUGCCAGAUGGAAUGUCUGGUCUAUUUUAUAGACAUUAUUGGUCGAUAGUUGGAGAUCAACUUGUAGCUGCUGUUCAAAGUUUUUUCAGAGAGGGAUGGUUGCUUCGUGAGUUGAAUCACACUUAUAUCACACUUAUCCUCAAAGUUCAAGGGGCUUACAAUUUCAAUCAAUUCAAACCUAUCAGUCUUUGCAACGUUUGCUACAAGGUGAUUUUGAAAAUUAUAGUCUCUAGACUAAGACCCUUGCUAAAUAAGAUGAUUGAUCCAACUCAAGUAACUUUUAUUCCAGAUAGAAAUAUUGCUAAAAAUAUGAUUCUUGCACAGGAAAUUGUUCAUAAUUUCAGAACUAUGAGAAAGAAAAAAGGCUGCAUUGCCAGCUACACUUUAUUGAUUAAUGGGAGCCAUGAAGCAAAAAUCAACCCAUCUAGGGGUCUGAGACAGGGGGAUCCCUUGUCUCCCCAUCUCUUCAUCACUGGGUGCGAGGUCUUGGCAAGGCUAAUCAGUAGAAAGGAGAACAAGGGUAAUAUUAGAGGGGUGCAUUUAGCAAAUGGAGCUCCAGCUAUCACAAAGCUCUUCUAUGCUGAUGAUGUGAUGCUAUUUUGCAAUGCCAAGCUGUCAGAAAUAAGAAUUCUAUUGAAUUGUCUGGAUAGAUAUGGCAAAUGGUUUGGAAAAAUUAUAAGUGUUAAGAAGUCCGGCAUUUUUUGUUCGAAAGGAGUCCGCCUUGAUUUUCUUAGACAAUUUAAAGACCAAUGGGGUUUCAAAAAGCUCCGGCAUGGAACUAAGUACUUGGGGGUGCCAUUAUUCUUAUCAAAUAACAAGGCCAGAGAUUUUGCCUAUGUUAAGGAGAAGAUAGAUGCAAGAUUGGCUAGCUGGAAGAGCAAAAGUCUGUCUUGGGCUGGUAGAGCUACUUUGAUUAAAUUGGUUGCCCAAACCAUCCCUAACUAUACUAUGCCCACCUUUUUGCUCCCAAGGAAAAUCAAUGACAAGUUAGAUGCUGCUGUGAGACGUUUUUGGUGGAAGCCAAAAGAGGAUUCUAAUCAGUUUUUCACUCUUGUGGCAUGGGAUGAUUUGUGUAGGCUGAAAGAUGAAGAUGCCAAGUACAAGGUUAGAGCUGAUUGGCUUAGAGCUCCUAAAGCCUCAAAUGCAUCAUGGGUUUGGAAAGGUUCAGGUUGGAAUGAUAAUUUGUUGAAUGAGUUGUUUGACCAAGAGUCUGUUGUGGCUAUUAAAAGCAUCCCAAUUUGGUCUUUUGGCAACAAUAUUUCUAGCAGUGUUUCUCUUACAAGGAAAAUUUGGAUGGCCAGCAUUCAUGAGAGACUGAAGAUGCAUCUUUGGAGAAUAGCAUUUAAUCUUCUUCCCACUAAGGAUCAGUUUAGCGAGUUUUCACCCUCCUCUAACACUAAUUGCCCUCUCUGUAAUGUUGAGGCAGAGUCAACCCUGCACCUCUUUACUCAAUGUCACAUUGCUAAAGCCAUAUGGUUUGGCAGUCAGUGGAACCUUAGAAUUGACAGAUGGCAAGUUCAAUCCCCGGCCCAUUUGAUUGAGUUAUUUAUUGAUCCUCCUCCAUCUAUCCAGCUGGAUAAAGAGCAAAGAGAUGAAUUUCUACUAUUUGGAGCUCUAACUUUAGAUAUGAUUUGGAUGUGGAGAAACAAGGCAAUUAAUGAGAGAUCUCUUCCAGUGGAGGGUCAAGUUAUCAGAAGCCUUCAGAAGUUGUUCUUGGAGCAUUGGCGGCCCAAAGUUCCAGUGUUAACAAGAUUCCCAACUAGAAGCAGUGCCAGGUGGUGUUGUCCAAACCAAGAGAGUGACCGUAAAGUUUGUAUAGAUGCCAUUAAAGGUGGUGGGAACCUAAUUCCUUGGAGACUUUUGAAUUUUGUUGACUCAGUUAAGAAUGUAAUCACUGACUAUAGUCAUGUAUCUUUUAACUGGGUUCAUAGGGAGGCUAAUCAGGCUGCCCAUGUGCUUGCCAAUUGGUCCCUUAACCAGUAUUUGUUUGGUUCUUUUGAUCUGGGUUUUGGCACUCCAAGUUUUGUUAAUAUAAUCUUGGCUGAGGCAUCCUAG